UAUAAGGAGAAGGAGGAGGUGGACAAGCAUCGUGGUCUGAUUAUCAUCACAGAGAAGGAGAAAUACGGACGAGAAAGCAGUCUGUCUGGUUCAGAGUAUCUACAUCAUUACCAGGAAAAACCUGCGGAAAAACAAACAAUCGAGGAGCGCCCGGCUCUUCCGGUUCGCAGUCGUCUUCCUCAUACACGUUUAAGGGGCGUGGAGCGGCAGCUUUCAGCGCGACCGUUGAGGGUUCUUCAAUGAAUGCAGCCGGAACUUUGACGUUUCCACUCCCAACAGCCCGUGACAUCCUCUUACCCAAAAUGAUCUCUGUGUUGAUGCCUCACUGAGUUCUUUUGGUUUGACUUUGGAUCCCUCUCCUGUUUCUGUUUUGACAGUGACUUAAAUCUAAAACUUUCCAUUGCACCCAUCCAUAACCUUGAGCACUGUCACAUAUUUCUCUUUUUCUGUGAGCUUCAAACCAAAUCUGUCAAAAUGCAUACUGGAUUGGAAGUAGUGGACAUUGCAGUGGUAGCCAUGUAUUUUGUCCUGGUGCUAGCCAUUGGGCUUUUUGCCAUGUGGAAAGCCAAUCGCAGCACCGUAAGCGGGUACUUCCUGGCUGGACGCUCCAUGACGUGGAUAGUGAUAGGUGCAUCACUGUUCGUCAGCAACAUUGGCAGCGAACAUUUCAUCGGCCUAGCCGGGUCGGGAGCAGCGAGCGGCUAUGCAGUAGGAGCUUGGGAAUUCAAUGCUCUUCUACUGCUGCAGCUGCUUGGAUGGGUGUUCGUCCCUGUAUACAUCCACUCAGGAGUCUACACCAUGCCAGCCUACCUGUCAAAACGCUUUGGUGGAAACAGACUGAAGGUUUACUUUGCUUGCCUGUCUGUGCUGCUUUACAUUUUUACCAAACUCUCUGUGGACCUCUAUGCUGGUGCUCUCUUCAUUCAGGAGUCCUUGGGGUGGAAUCUGUAUCUUUCAAUUGUUCUACUCAUCAGUAUGACUGCUCUGCUCACUGUCACUGGUGGGUUGGUGGCAGUGCUCUACACAGAUACCCUUCAGGCAGUGUUGAUGAUUGGUGGAGCCCUAACCCUAACCAUCAUGAGCCUAGUCAAAGUGGGUGGGCUAGAGGGUGUCAGAACCAAGUACAUGCAAGCCAUUCCUAAUGUCACUGCCAUCAUGGCUUCUGGAAACUUCACUUAUUCACCUUCUUGUCGCAUAGAGCCUAAACCAAACUCGCUACGUAUUCUUCGCGGCCCCCUGGACGAAGACAUCCCAUGGCCAGGUUUCAUUCUAGGCCAGACCCCUGCAUCCAUUUGGUACUGGUGUGCAGACCAAGUCAUUGUUCAGAGAGUAUUGGCCGCAAAGAACAUUGCUCACGCGAAGUGCUCAACACUCAUGGCUGGGUUUCUGAAGAUCCUGCCCAUGUUUGUGAUAGUGAUUCCAGGAAUGAUCUCCCGCAUCAUGUUUGCAGAUGAGAUUGCCUGCAUCGGACCAGAGCACUGCAUGUCUGUGUGCGGUUCUACGGCUGGCUGUUCAAAUAUCGCCUACCCACGCCUGGUCAUGGCAGUAAUGCCCGUGGGACUCAGAGGUCUGAUGAUGGCAGUUAUGAUUGCUGCUCUGAUGAGUGACCUCGACUCCAUCUUCAACAGUGCAAGCACCAUCUUCACCCUGGACAUCUACCAAACCGUUCGGAAGAGGGCUUCUCAACGAGAGUUGUUGAUUGUGGGACGCACGUUUGUUGUGUUUAUGGUGGCAAUCAGCAUCGCCUGGGUUCCUGUUAUCAUUGAGAUGCAAGGAGGACAGACAUACCUCUACAUCCAGGAAGUUGCUGGCUAUCUAACUCCACCAAUCGCUGCCCUUUUCCUGCUUGGUUUGUUCUGGAAGCGGUGCAAUGAAACAGGUGCCUUUUGGGGAGGAAUGACCGGUUUCACACUCGGGACUCUACGACUGAUCCUAGCGUUCAUCUACCGUCAGCCUCCCUGUGACCAGCCAGACGACAGGCCCUCCUUCAUCAUUCACGUUCACUACAUGUAUUUUGCUGCUGGGCUGUUCUGGACUUCAGGGCUGGUGGCAGUAGUGGUCAGUCUCUGUACCUCUCCGCCAAGUGAUGAGCAGAUUCGUACCACUACAAUCGUGGGUCUCCGCAAGCUCAAAAAGAUUCCUCCAACGGAUCGAGAUGAAAUGUAUCGACUGGCUGAGAAGAGCCAGUGCAAUGGUGCAGGCAGCCUCUAUAAAGAGAUGCCUCUCAAUGUCAAAAAGGAGAGGUGCUUAGAUGGUGCCGAAGCCAAACUUCUGGUCCCAAACACAGAUCACGACCCUGCAACCCCCAGCACAGAAACCACCCCUGCCAGCACCCCUGCUGAACAACACAGUCUUAGAACAAUGGAGAUGAAUAAAGCAGAGAAAGGCUGCCACAGGAAAGAGGACAAAACCCCUUGCAUUCGUUUACUUGACUGUUUUUGUGGGUAUAAAGAAGAACCAAGUGCUCCACAGACAGUGACACAAGAAGAUGAGAGAGUCAUUGCAAAGAUGCUGUACGAGCCACCCAGAGUUAAAAUUCUCCUCAACAUUGCCCUGGUGUUGGUCUGCUCUGUGGGCAUUUUCAUGUUCAUUUAUUUCUCAUUGUAGCCGAAGAUUGCACUGAACUACCUGGAACUUUAGUGAGACAUUGUUUUGUUUGAUGGUGACAUUUUGGAGGUUUAGAGCUGUUACAGAAAGAAAGGAAAGUUUCAAAGAACAUAUCUGUGAUAUUUACAGUAGUUUUUGUAGCUCUCCAACAGGAAUCUAAGCUAAUUGUUAGCAUUUUAAAAUGAAUGAAGCUUCUCUAACAUAAAAAAGUACUUCUAAAUGACUUUGUUGUUAUUUAAAAUUUUUACUUGGGUUUUUCGAAUUGUUGCUGUCUGUAUAUUUGCUUUAUUUUCCUCAGGUGUUUUAAUAUUUGCUUGAGAAAAUGGGUUAUAAUAUUUUCCAGAGCUCCAUUUUUCUAAAGGGGUCCAAAAGAAACACCAGUUGCUUCACUAGUUGUGUGUACUGUUAUGUUUGCAGUGACUAUUGAAAUGAUUUGUUUAGAAUUGGUCUGUUUAAUGUGCUUGCAUUUAGAACCACUUAAUAAAGUUACUAGUAUUAAAAGCUGUGCACCGGUUCUGCAGCUCAGCUAAGUGGCAACAAAAGCACAGAACAUUUUUUAAUACUUUUAAAAUUAUUUCUACGGGAAAAUAUAAAUGUUACAUUUGGAUUAAGUGUUUAGCAAGUGUUACUCAUGACCAAUGGAUUAAAUACUGUGUUUUCACUUCUGAAUUUCUUUUGUAUAUAUUUUCUGGCUGUUUUUUGUGUUAUUUUCAGUUCAAGUUUAUUUAUAUAUCACCAAAUCACGACAAGAGUAGUCUCAAGGCACUUCACAUAGUAAACAUUCCAAUACAGGUCAGUUAAUUAAGCCAAUCAGUAAAAAGUUUCCUAAAUAAGGAGCCCAGCUAAUUUCACCAAGUUACUGACACCAGUCAUCAAUCCUCAUACUAAGCAAGCAUUUAGUGAGAGUGGAGAGGAAAACUCCCUUUUAACAGGAAAAAACCACCAGAGGAUCCUGGCUCAGUAUGAGCAGCCAUCCAUCACGACUCACAGGGGAUCGAGAAGACAGAGCGCGCGCAUGCACACACACACACACACACACACACACACACACACACACACACACACACACACACACACACACACACACACACACACACACACACACACACACACACACACACACACACACACACACACACACACACACACACACACACACACACACACACACACCAAGUAGUGUUUCUAUGGUUACAUUGAGAUUUCUUAGUAAAUAUUCUAUUUGGUGAGAGAUAAACCUUAUUGUAUUUAUCCUAGUGAAUCUAUAAUGAAACGGGUAAACUAGUAGUAGCACAUACCCAACCAUUUCAUAACCAACUUGCAGCCGUUUAUGCACUUGCAUUUUUAAACAAAAAAUCUUUUUAUUUGAUUUCGUUUCACAUGAUGAAAAGGUACUUGGAGUCUUUUGCCUUACGUUAGCAUCAUGUGCAAAUAUUUCAGUGCUCAUUGCAUCAACUAUAAUUUAGAUUUCUGUUAUAUUAGGUCAUUUAGUGUGUGUCUCCUAUGUGACGGUGAUUUACUAGUGAAGCAUCUGUUCGUUUUUCAAGUGCAUUCUGAUAAAACUACCAAAUGUGUCUUACUGUGCAUUGCUUUAAUGAUAAAAGAGGAAAAAGUCAAAAGGACAUAGAAUUUGUUCUUAUGAGCUCUGAGUAAAUACCACAUUUGUUUGAAGAUGACAUGUCACAGGUUUCCCAUGCGUGAUGUUUUUAAAAGCAUAAAUGGAGACUGAUGAUGUGGAAGAGAAAUGAUGCGUGUCAGGAUUAGCACUUAGCUGGAGGAGCUCACUCAUGUGGUCAGUGAUAAAUUUAGCAUUUAAAGCAACUGACCUGGAUUGUGGUCGUUAUUUCCAUCAAGUCCACACAUUAACAACAUACUCAUCAGAAUGCAAGAAAUAAAUACUGUUUUUUUUUUUUCAUUUUUGGAUUUUGAGUCCUGUGUUGACUCAAAAUGUUGGUGUGUGAAUAUUUACUCAUCAGCUGGGUUCAUUAAGAAGUGAUUGGUGUACAUGUGAAAGAGAUUUCAAAGUUUUUUUUCUUUCUUUUUUGGAGAGAGUAUGUAUAUAUAUAUAUAUAUAAAUAUAUAUUGUUAUUUUUAUGGAAUUUAUUUUUAGACUGCAAAUAAAGUUUUUGUUGAGACCAAAAAUAGUGUUUUUCGCUCUUUAUUUUCAGAAAUAAAAUAUAGAAAAAAUUAAAUAGAUGAAAAAGGCAGUUAGAAGAUUAUCGAGAAAAGUACGAUUAAUUUGAUCGACUUUUGAGAUUUAGGAGAUUUUUUUUAUUUAGUUUUGCAAUCUUUAUCUUUAAAAUGGCAUUAAGCUCUGAUUAGUUGUUUACUUUGUGAUUUCUCUCUUUUGCACUAAUAAGCCUUCAUUCAAGACCCUCUAAAUCACUUAAACAAAAUAAAACAUUUAACUGUAACUAAGUAAUCUCUCCUCAUCCCAAUCCUCCAUGUUUUUUCUUCAUAUUGGACUCUAUGGUAUUGACCAGGAUUAUGUAAACCCCAGUAAAGCUUUAUAAUCUGCUCAGAGCCAGAUGUAGAUUGGGUGAGCUCAAGCUUCUUUAGCAGACACUCAACCAAUCAAAAAGCCAACACUAGUAGCUUAUGAGUCCCUCCUACAUUUUA